GAAAAAUUGAUCCCAAUGCCAAAGUGUGCCGGGUCUCGUUCCCAGGGAAAUUCAAACAGGGUGGGAACCCCUGAUAAGUGUACACGUCAAGGACUCCGUGGCGUGUGUAUUCCUUUGCGACACUGAACAUGGGCUUGGGCAGCACUACUGUCCAGAUGACAAUCUGCAGCAAUGUCUCUGUGCACAGAUCUACGGUGAGCGCAACUAUAAAGAUCUGGGAUAUCUCCAAGAGGUAAAACACAUAUGCACCGAUGAGGAGAAAGCAGAACGAAGAAAAAGAGCAGAAGCAAUGAAAAGUCGCAUUGUUUUCGGAAAAAUCACUGACAAAGAUAGGGCGGAAGCUCAGCAACUAUGGGAGCAGAACGGGAGGCGAGCGAGUUGGGGCUGCGCUUGGUUUCAGAAGUGGUUUGACCGAGUGGGAUGAGAUGCGGCGCACAGAUCGCAGAUGGGAUUACGACGAAGUCGAUGUGACGGAAUUCUUGGCUGAACAGUUCAAACCUGGUGACAUUGUCGAUGCAUUUGACCUGGAUCAGAAUAGUUUUGUCACAGCCGAACUUCUCCAAAUGCCCAUGCCUGAGGAUGCCAAGGACCACCAUGACCACUAUGAUGUGAAAUGGCAGGUGGUGUGCCAGAAAGCAGGGAAACGAUUUGAGACCAAGCGUCUGCGGCACGCCACAGAUUUUUUUGAGAAGCUUUUUCGCUUGGACGUAUUUGGAAAGGACUCUUUGAAGAAGAUCGUAGAGGACGCAGCGAAACUCCAAGUAAAAUCCAUCUACGAGUCGCGCCUUCAGAAUGGCAUGCCUUCCUCGUCAGUGGAUUUUGACCUGCGGCGUAUUCAGGAAAAGCACCGGCUGAGAGAUGCAGCGCUAAAUGAUGACUUAGCAUUUCUACUGAAUGGUGCUUUAUAGAAAAGUGUGGAAUUACACAGGAGCUGGCCGUAGACAAUACAUUGUUUUUCGGCCAAUAUUCAGCAAGUCUUUUGACUUCCUCACAAAUCAUCAAGCAGAGAAACUCAAAGAACUUUUCAGGUAUUUACAUGAAGAUGUCCAUUUGUCAGCCCCAGCUGGAGCGGGGAAAUCAUUUGUGGCAAUCCGGCAUGCGAUCAGCAAACUGAGUUCGAGCAGUCAGGGGAAGAUUCUAUUCAUCUCCCCGAACCGAUCUCUGGGUUUUCAUUUUGUCCGCUGGCUCCUCGCGUACCGUAUGCAAAAUCAUCGGUACCAACGAUGUCCAGGAACAAGACAAGCUCUUACAACGACUUGUUUUGAUGCAUGCACCCUAUGACAGAUUCACGGGAGUACAAGUUGAAGAUUCCCACAUUGUUCUGCCGGAAUUGACGGUCAUGCCGGAUGACUUGGUUCUCGCAGUUUUUGAUGAAGGGCAUGAAAUAUUCAGAACGAACCAAAGCAUAUUCCAGGAAGUUCGUGCCCAGCACAAGUUGAUUCUUUCAGAUGUUUCGCAGUCCUUCUUACUUCAAAACAAUUAUCCUGAAAUGCGCCGGGUGAAUCUCACGGAGGUCGUUCGCAGCACACAGCGAAUUGUAUUUGGAGCUAACACAUUUCAACUUCAAGAUGAUGAGCCAACUACAUGCCUUGGCACAACUGGUCCUCCACUGAAGUCAUUCAUUUUCGAGAUGCCCGAAGGGUAUGAUGGUGGUUUGUAUGCGCAGUUUGCCGAGAACACAGUGAAAGCUCUGUGGUUCAUUUUAGAGACAUACCCCAGUAUUCGGCUUGAUCGGCACGUCGCAUUGCUCGUGCCAAAUGAAGACUUCCACAGAACUUUCAGGUUCCAUCUUGAGGCGCGUUUGGAAGCAGUUUUUGCGCCAACAUACAGGAUUCAGCUGAUUUCUUUCGAGGAAUAUCAGGACAGGAGGGAGGAUGACCUGAUUUUUGACUGGGACACCAACGCCAAAGGGUUGGAGCAGCUGUUUAUCAUUUGCAUUGGCUUUGAUGCGUAAAUCACCGGUGACACUGACAAUUUCACCAGAGCGCGCCUUUAUCAUGCUAUCACUCGAGCACAGCUCCAAGCCAUUGUUGUCGACCGAUUCGCCCGUGGUGGUUGAUUGGAGUUUCUCAAUGCUUUGAAACUCAAAAAGACGACCUUUCAAGCCAGCCAAUGAUGCAAAAUUGGAGAUCAAGAAGGAUGCAGCUCUCACAAUAGUGGAAGCACCUGGAGGGUGUCUGCCGUCCAUGUUUUGCUUACCAGGAACCUGCUUCAUCCAUGGGCCAAACAGCAAAAAUCACCGCGGAACCAGAAGCUGGCCCAAAGGAGCCUGCGGUGGUUGAAGUGCUCCCAACUUCCAUGUGGGACGCCAGCAGCAACGUCAUCAAAACCAAGAUUGCGAAGUUGAAAUUUGAUGCAAGGAAGAUCAGGAAGAUCCAGAACAAGUCGCAGCCGACGAAGCCGCGGCUGCGAAACACGCCAACAUCGACGCGGCGCGCUGGGGCGACCUCCCGGCGGUCCGCGGCCUGCGCCGGGACCGCCUGGACCAAGACCUGGACGGCCUGGUGCUGCACCGGGCAGCCCGCGGCCACACGGAGGUCGUCGCCUUUCUCCUGGAGGAACGCCACGACCUCCGGGUGGCCGCGGGCUGCUACCCGGUGCAGGUUCCUGAUGGGAAAAGCAUGAAAUAUAAGGCUUGGUAUGGUGAUUUCCACAUACUUCAAUUUUGGGCCAAAGGGUCUCCUUGUUCGAAAAUUGCUACGAACUGAUGCCGGUCUUCAGCGCUUCGGCAAGCCGCCGAAGUGCAGGAUUUGAUCCUCGAGCUGCAGGAACAAACUGGUGCCAAGCGACCCCUGGAAGCCGAGACUUCGACGAAGGCGGUCGUUGCUACAAGAGAAAGCGCAAUUCCAGGACUUGUUUGCUCAGGCUUUCUCCGGAUAGCAUGGAGCCAAAGUACUGGGAACAGGCUGCUGGAUUGAACAUCCGCAGCGGCGACCAACGCAUGGAAAA